CAGCAUCAGAGGAUCAGCAGUGUGUUAUGAUGCCGUAGCGUUUUACACUGAUUACAAACGGUACAUUUAAAUUAGCGGGUUAACGUGGAAGCAGGUGUAACUGAAGGCGACGGCUAGUCCCAGUGCUACCUGUCAUAUCAGACUUUACGAAAGAAACGACGAAGUGUCCUUUUAUGUCCACACGGCUGAAAUUAAAGCUCACUGGGGAAACGGCAGUCUUCUUUCAACAGGACAGAGAUGUGUCUUGUGGACUCGGACGUCUUUCCGACGAAGACAGAUAAUAAGGACUAACGCCUUCAUGAACAACAGCUCUGUGUUGACAUCUGUCCUGCUUCUUCAAGAUUUAUGCUAUCGCUGGCUGCACUAGCUCGCUGAUGUUGGCUAGGUUUAUAGGCUGCUGCCACUUGUAUAUUCUAGAUAGUAGCAGCUUAAAUUAUUCCGAAUCGCCCAACCAGGUAACAUUAUUUUACAUAUUAUUGUUAGCAUGUUUGCAGAGACUUGCUAUGGGCAGCAGCAAUGACGCUCGGUGUAGCCACAGGGUUAUGUCACUGUCAGGCUAACAGAUAGCUUGGUGUCUGCAGCUGCCUCAGUCUUUGCAUGGUCAUGUCCAGCAGGCUUGGCAUCAUGUAGACUGUCCCUCUGAACAGGUUAGUUGACAGGGGGGGGGGUUUACACACUGUGUGUUAGUGAGCCUCCUUGGAGAGUAAUGCAAAGCUGAAUUGCAGCCAUCCAACUAGGUCAGAGACUGACAGCUGGCACUGAGACAGUUUAGCUUAGAAUUGUUGCUAGCCAUGCUCAGAGCCGUCUGGUCUGUGUGAUAGUACAAACAUCCCACCCUGCUUAAAGGACAUGUGAAUGCAUCAUGUCCUGAAUGCAUCUCUUUAUUUAUGCAAUAAGGCAUAUCAGAGCAGCUUGUCAUGAAAUAAAACUCGCAGUGCAAAAGAAGCAGCGUCACCAGGACCGAGUGGAUAAUUUGAUCUAGGAUUGUCUUCUGAAGAGGAGACCAACAUUCAGGGCUGUCCACCAGUGCCCAGCAUCAGCUGGAACCAUCAGCCCAUCACAAUGGAAACGGUGGGAGAUUUUGAGUACAGCAGAAAAGACCUGGUUGGACACGGAGCCUUUGCUGUGGUGUUCAAAGGAAGACACAGGAAGAAGACCGAUUGGGAGGUGGCCAUCAAGUGCAUUAAUAAGAAGAACCUGUCCAAGUCCCAGAUCCUUCUUGGCAAGGAAAUCAAAAUUCUGAAGGAGCUGCAGCAUGAAAACAUUGUGGCGCUUUAUGACGUCCAGGAAACACCCAACUCUGUUUUCCUAGUGAUGGAGUACUGUAAUGGAGGUGAUCUUGCUGACUAUCUGCAAGCUAAGGGGACCCUGAGAGAGGAAACACUGAGGGUUUUCCUUCAGCAGAUCGCUGCCGCCAUGCGCAUCCUCAACAGCAAAGGAAUCAUCCAUCGUGAUCUGAAGCCCCAGAACAUCCUGCUCUCCUAUGUGGGCCGCAAGAAGUCCACCAUCAGUGGCAUUCGCAUCAAAAUAGCUGACUUUGGCUUUGCACGGUACCUCCAGAGCAACAUGAUGGCUGCCACGCUAUGUGGGUCACCCAUGUACAUGGCCCCAGAGGUCAUCAUGUCCCAGAACUACGACGCCAAGGCCGACCUGUGGAGCAUAGGAACAGUCAUAUACCAGUGUCUGGUCGGCAAGCCACCGUUCCAGGCCAAUAGUCCCCAAGACCUGAGGAUGUUCUAUGAGAAGAACAAGAAUCUACAACCUAUCAUCCCGAGGGAGACUUCCCCACAGCUUAGUGACCUUUUACUCGGGCUACUGCAGAGGAAUCAGAAAGAAAGGAUGGACUUUGACACAUUUUUCAGCCAUCCUUUCCUGGAACCGUCAUCCACCAUUAAAAAAUCGUGUCCGGUGCCAGUCCCCAGCGCCUCCAACACAGUGACAGAUUGUUCCUGUGGCAGCUCUCCAUGCAUCCGAUACAACUCUCCUCCUUCUCUCCCUGACAUGCAGACUCUGGCAGAAGAUGGUCUGUCAUCCCCUCCGCUCGGCCCGCCCAACUUCCUGCAGCUGUCCAAAGAGUCUGCGGGGAGCACCAGCAGUAAGAACUCGUCCUGUGACACCGAUGACUUUGUCCUGGUGCCUCACAUCUCUACUGACAGCUAUGACCAACCAAUGGGAGCAGGUCGUCGACCAUCCAGCGAGUUCCUAAUGUGUGGAGGGCAGCCGCAGCCCACCACGGGACAGACCCCCAUGGUUUCCCCACGGGCCGAGACCACCCCCAUCCCCGUUCCCACCCAGGUCCGCAACUACCAGCGCAUCAAGCAAAACCUCUCCAGCAGCCCGACGACCACGCUCUACAGCUCCCCCAGGUCUGGCACAGUGAGGCGCUCCAACACUAGCCCUAUGGGCUUUCCCAAAGUGGGCUCAGGGUCCCCCAGCUCUGCAGAUGUCCCUCAGACAGUGGGCCGACGCCUCUCUACGGGCAGUUCCCGGCCCUAUUCCCCGUCACCGCUGGUGGGCACCAUCCCCGAGCAGCUGGGUCACUGCUGCUGUCACCUGCAGAGCCACGAGCCUCGCAGCCGGAGCUCCUCAGGAGGUUCCCCCGUCCCGUCCUCUCAGCUCCUGGGGGCUCGGCUCCAGAGCGCCCCCACCCUGACUGAGGUCUACCAGACCAGACAGAAGCUCCACAAGCAGCUGUCAGACCCUGUCCAGCCUUCCUCCUCGUCCUGCAGCCACUCCCCUCAGCUCGGCCGACCGGCCAACCUGGGCUCCUCCCCCACCAAGUUGCUUGGCUCCUCCCCCCGCACAUCUGACUGGCUGCAGAAGUCCCCGCUGCCCACCAUCAUUGGUUCCCCUACCAAGAUCAUUUCAGCGCCGUUUAAAAUCCCCAAAACACAGGCGUCCUGUAACUUAAUGGCUUUGGCAGACAGCCCUGUGCCCACCAAGACUUCAGCAGAUGUCCGGGACAUCUGUGCCCACCACUGCAGCCCGUACCACACCGGACGGCCAGCUGCCCCUGAGGCCAGUCGGACCUUUGGCAGGUCUGUUAGUACAGGUCGUUUGUCUGAGCAGCCAAUCAGAAUCACUCUGGGUGGACAGGCCUAUCAGGGGAGCACGGACAGCCUGAACACAGAGCGACCCAUGGACACAGCCCCUGCAGGUCCCAGUGGGCUGGCUCCGGGUGGAUCAGCGAGUCCCCGUACAGUUCUCUUCACUGUGGGUUCACCACCCAACAGCAGCACUCCUCCUACGUGCAGCCAUCUGUGCACCCGACCACGCACCACCUCCGUGGGCUCCAACAGUUCAGCCGGUUCCCUGUGUUCCACCAGCGGUCGGAUCUGUGUCGGAUCCCCGCCCGGUAUGGCCAUGGGCUCUUCUCCUCCAGGAGGUUUUGGGGGUGGACAGGUUGUCCCCGGGGCAGAGGGGGCACCCAGCAGCCUGCGCUAUGUCCCCUAUGGGACCUCCCCUCCAAGCUUGGAAGGAUUCAUCACCUUCGAAGCCCCCGAGCUGCCCGAGGAGACCCUCAUGGAGCGUGAGCAUACAGACACACUGAUGCACCUGCGGAUGAUGCUUUCCUUCACCGACUGCGUCCUGGAGAUGGCGGCGGUUCGAGCCGGAGGGACGGAGCUCGGCGUGUCAGCGGCCUCCCUCUACCCUCCCCAGGACAGUGUGGUCGUCGACCAGAUCAGCCAGCUCAGCAAAGAGUGGGGGCAGGUGGAGCAGUUGGUGCUCUACAUGAAGGCAGCCCAGCUCCUGGCUUCCUCCCUCCAUCUGGCCAAGGCUCAGAUUAAAUCAGCCAAACUCAAUCCUUCCACUGCUGUCAAACAGGUGGUGAAGAAUCUGAAUGAGCGCUACAAAAGCUGCAUCGCCCUCUGCCGGCAGCUGACUGACAAACUCAACCACUUCUUCUCUGAUAAGCAGCGUUUUGUGGAUGAGAUCAAUAGCGUCACUGCAGAGAAGCUCAUCUACAAUCAUGCUGUGGAGAUGGUUCAGUCAGCAGCUCUGGAUGAGAUGUUCAAGCAGACAGAAGACAUAGCCUACCGCUACAGCAAAGCUGCCAUGCUGCUGGAUGGCCUGUCCAAGAUCCUACAGGACCCCACCGACAUUGAGAAUGUGGUCAAAUACAAGGCCAGCGUGGACCGCAGGAUCUCAGCCCUCUGCUACUGUACGGUCACCCUCUAUGAGUAGCAGACCUCACAUGAAUGCACACACACACAUACUCACACACAGGGACCACGUCCUCAGACUUACGGACUGCCACCGUCAAAGAGCCGCUGUCCCCCUCCUGUAGCAGUUAAAGCACUUUUCAUUCGAUAGGUUUCAUCUGUAUUUAUCAUCAGUUAUUUUUUUAUGGGCUGCAUCGCAGACUGAACUGAACGAGAGACUCGAUGCACAAAAUUUACAACCAAAGACGACCGUGGAUCCAGAAACAACAAGGCUGAAACCGGAUGUCGACAUAAUUCAUGCACUUUCACGUGCAUUUCUUUUUUGUAUGCUAUGAUGGUAAAAAAAAAAAAACAACAACUAUCUGAUCAACAUAUAUAUAAAUAUAUAUAUAGAAAAACUAAUGUCCAUCAUUUAGGAUAUUUUUUUUUCCUGGAAGAAAAAGAGGAUGGACAGGACUAUGAGAAUAUGUUGUGAGCCUCAAGAGACUCAAGCUCCACGUGAAGAAGUUCAUCUUUUAAAAUCCUGCUUACUAUGUGAUAUCAGUGGUAAUUUACUGUUUAAGUUGUUGUUAUUCUUAUUUAUUGGUUCAGAAGAGCAUGGAUGUUUCUGAGUCUCCUGUCUGUCUUGAAAACCUGAAGUACUGGAGUGGAAGGAAAUGCAAGAACUUAGCAAAAGGCUCACGGCCGCUCACUGUAACACACCCGACCCACGGACAUUGUACAGAAAACACAAACUCCUGUUACAGAAAGCUCGACAGCCGCGAGAGCAAAGGAACCUGUAGAUUUGUAACUUCUUUGUUUUGUUUUUUUUUUUUUUUUUUCUUGUGUCGUUAGCUCAAGCACUUUACGGUGGAUUGAGAGGAGGAGGAGGAGACGCGUAUCUGUACAAGUUCAGAAGGUAGAAAUGUGAAGGCGAGGGCCGAGGGUUUUCCAAUCGAAUCACUCCUGCUCUGUGUUCAGGAUCAGCAAGUCCACCGUGUACAUUUCCCAUAAGGCAGAGCGGCAAGGGAAACAGACAGGUCGGGGAAACCGAGCUAAAACAUACUGACUGCAGCUCAGCAUUUUGGGGCAGUGACUCUCAAAGAUUGACUAGAUACUUGACAGAGCCGCUUAGCUCUGGUUCACUUUAAAUACACAGAGUUAAAGGGGCAUUCCUCUAAUUUUACCCACUGGGAUCAGUUUAUUGUUUAUUGAAAUUGUCUCUCGCAGUUUUCUAGCUUCAUGGAAGUGUUAUAAUAAAUUGGUGGAAUGUCCCUUUUGUUUCACAUACAGUCGUUGUGUCUGCCAAGUCGAAAAAAUGGGCUACAGUUUGAAUGUAGCUGUUCUACGCCUCCCUUUCCUCCACCACGGACAGGAUGAGACGUUUUCAGACGUCAAAUAAACAUCAUUUUUAAAAACAGUUGCAGUCGACAAUGGGGUUCCUUCCCUUGUUACUCAGUUUUAUCGGAAUGUGACAGACCCAUGGUGACUCGUUGAUCGCGUUUCCCGCAGCGAGGAUGGGUGAAGGCGGCUCACUCUGCUCACAUUGCCACGAAGUCUAUAGGUUGAGAUGUUCAGGAGAAACCUGGCAGCGUUGCAGUGGUAGCAGGCCCUCUCCCUGUCUCCAGGGCUGUGCUCAGCAGCCGGUCAGGCUGUCCACUUGAAACCCUGAUGGAGUGAAUUGUGAAACUGAAUGGUCACAUUACUUGACAAGUUACCUGUACCACAUGUUUCAUUUUACUAAAAAUACUACAGCUUUUUAUGUUUUGUCAGUAUCUGUAGCUAAUUUUUUUUUAACAGAACUUGAUGUGUGCAAACUUGUAUAUAUUUGUAUGUGGUUCAUGCAAUGUUUUUUCUCCUUUUCUUUUGGUUUGUUUUUUGGAGGGGAGUUGAGUGUGUGUGUGUGUGUGAAAUCACGGUUUGAGUUCAGGGGUCGUCGAUGACGCCAUCAGAUGACGCCCUGCCUGUCAGUCAACGAGCACAAAUCUUUAUAUGUACAUAGAUGACUUUGAUACGUUUUAUUCACGUCUGCCAAGGGUUUGAUAAGGAAACCUAAUUUGGCACAACAGGGGUGUGCCAAAGAAUAAAAUAAAACUUGUGGCAGCUCUGUAACUUUACCAGAGAACUCUUUUUACCAGGACUGUUCAUUGUUGAAAUCACGACACACGUGUUUGUUCAGUGGAUCUUGCAAAAUGUUCUGAAAUAAGUGUGAUGUCUUCAAGUUUUCUGCUCAUUUCUCAAAAUUUUGUGAGACCUGAUUUGUCACAAUCUGCACUGCCGAGCAUCCACUCAGUCCCUCUGCCUCCCCUCACAUUGUCUGCUGUCCUCCUAACGGUGUUUGUACUGUAUGUAUGAGUGUGUAUAUAUAUAUAUAUAUAUAUAUAUACAUAUAUAAAUAUACACACGUAUACUUGCCAGGUGUGCAUUAAGGCCAAUAGUAUACAGUUAAUGAUGGAAAAGGAGGUGCCUUCUUCUUGUGAAAACGGACGUAGGCCUGCUCCUCUGUACAGGUGUGAAUACAUUCUUUCUCUGUAUAAAAAGGUGUGUAAAUGCAUUCACAGCCACCCAGUGGACUCUGGGCCUGUCUCUCGGAUGUACUGUUCUUUUUUUCUAGACAUAUCUGGGUUUCGGUUUCCCUUAUCCGUAUGAAGCCUUUCACUGCACACGCAGUGAAUAUGGAAAAAUAAAGAUGAUAGAAACCCA